AUGUCCUCGGAUUACGGGGAAGACAGUGAUGUGACUCUGCUACAUUCCGGCACCCGCCCCGCCGUUGACAGCCUCACCCUGACUCGUGUACCCUUACCUGCUCCACCCUCAUACCUCCCCCGGCCCGAAGAAGACCCUACCGAAAACGAUUCAGCCUACGGUGAAGACUCCCUCUUGCGAGAUGAUACGAAAACACUCGCUUCGUAUAUCACCGAGUAUCGAUACGAGUUUGGUCGGCGGUACCAUGCUUUUAGGGAUGGGGCUUAUUGGGGACCGAAUGACGAGGUUGCAAAUGAACAGCAAGAUCUUGCGCAUCAUAUGUAUACGGUGACACUGGACGGAAAGCUGCAUCUGGCCCCGCUUAGCCAGCCACAGGAAAUCCUUGAUGUGGGGACCGGAACAGGGAUAUGGUCUAUUGAUAUGGCGGAUGAAUACCCUGGCGCCCGAGUCACCGGAGUGGACCUUUCACCAAUACAGCCAUCGUUCGUACCCCCUAAUUGUACAUUCGAGAUUGAUGAUAUGACCAUGCCAUGGACAUAUGCCCCUGAGAGAUUUGAUUUUAUUCAUAUUCGCGAGUUAUUUGGCUCCAUACCCGACUGGGAUGCAUUCUUCCAGCAAUGCUACCGCGCACUGAAGCCGGGGGGCUAUAUCGAAGUCGUCGAGCACUCGGUGACCCCUGUAGUCGAUGAUGCUACGAUGGGUCCAGGUCAUUUUUACCGGACUUGGGGCAAGACUGUCAUGCAAGCUGGAGAACGAUUUGGCAAGAGCUUUUCCAUCUGGGAAGAAAGUGCCGACCGAUUGAAAAGGGCCGGGUUUGAAGAUGUGGUGGAGAAACGUUAUAAAUGGCCGAUGAACGGGUGGAGUGAUGACCCGAAGCUACAUGAGCUGGGCCGGUGGAAUCAGUUUCGACUGAGUGGAGGAAUUGAGGGAUUCAUGCUUCGGCUUUUGACCUCGACGUUAGAAUGGCCCUAUGAAAAGGCCCAACUGUUUCUUGCGCAAAUGCGUGCAAAUCUUCGUGACCAUCGCACGCAUGCUUACCUCCCAGGUACUGUGGUUGUGGCACGAAAACCAGUUGGGUAA